AUGGAUGGCAGCAGACCGUCUUCUCGAACGAGGAAGAGGCAACACUCGAAUGACGAAGUGAUACUUCCGCGACCUCCACGCUCAGACACGCAGUCGCGCCAGAAGAAGCGCGGGGCUGAAAUCAGAUCGCCGACUGAUGACAUCGUGGCUGAGCCUGAGACCCAACCUGAGGCCGUCCCUGAACCUGAGCUUGAGCCUGAGCCCAAAGCUGAGCCUGAGCCCGAGCUGGACCAUGACAUGGAGAUGGAUGUGGAUGAUAGGAAUCCUAACGGCGAUGCUGGGGAGGAAACAAACACAGAGACGAACAGGAACCUAAGCGGAAAAAACAAAAAAACACUUGAAGAAGCCAUCGCAGCCUCAGCUCGUCGCAUCGAAGAAGCACGGAAUAAUCUCAAAGAAUACGAGGAUCAUCUACACAUCGAAAGAGAAGACUUGAAAGUGAUUGACGCCUUGCGAUCAGAAGCAUCAGAGUCUCACGAAGUUGCCAUACAAGAAUGGAGAGACGCCGUCCUGCAAGCAGACACAAAACAGAACGAACUCCAACAGUUCCAAAACCUCGCCCAAUCCUUCUCACGCGAUACGCAAGCUGCCUUGGAGCAACACAGCCAAAGCCUACGACAACUAAGCGACCAAGCGAUUGAAGUAGAAAAGUAUGCUGAAGACGAACUCCGAGCACGGCGUCGUGAAUUUUGUAUCCUUGAGGAUAAGAAAGAUACAAAGGAGGGCAUCAUCAAGAAGAUAUCGGCAAGGAUCAGGCGAUAUCAAGAUGAUAUUGAUGCGGAGGAGGUGAAACAUCAGAGGUUGCUUGCGGAGCAUUACCUGGAGCUUUUGAGCAAUGACAUUAUACAGGGGAUUUCUAUUGCUGAUAUAUCUUAUGCGAAGAUUCUGGAAAUUAAGUUGGAGCGGGAUCAGAGAAUUUGGUAUGAACGGAGACAGAUGGAUUAA